GGUGGUGAUGGUGUUUUGAAAAGGUAAUUAUAUAUAUGAUACAGAACGCCAAAGCGUAGAUAGAUAGGGAAAAGUGAGUUUUGAGUUUCCAAGCCUAGUGACCCAGUUCCCUUCUUCAGGGACAAUCGCUGCUACCAACUUCUUUAUUUCCCUUCCAGAACUUGUCUGUUCCUUUUCAAACUCAUGUAUUCGUAUCCUGUAUUUUGUUUUUUCUAAACAUUUUCUCUGUACUUUUAUUCUCCUCAUUACACCAUAUCUUGGAGAUCAUUUCACACCGUACAUGUAGAGCAGAUUUCUCAACCUCAGCACAGUUGACAUUUUGGGCCAGAUUGUCCUUUGCUCUGGGUGCUGUCCUGUGCAUUAUAGGAUGGUUAGAAGUAUCCCCGGCCUCCACCCAUUAGAUCCCAGGAGCACCCCCACCCGCAAGUUGGGAUAACCACAGAUGUCCCAGACAUUGCAAGUGUCCCCCGGGGGCAAAAUUGCCCCCAAUAAAGAACCUCUGAGGUAGUGCUGCCUUGUUCCUUUUAAGGACUACAUGGUGUCCCACAUGUGCGUGUAACACUCACUGAUUUUCUUGUUGAUGGGCAGUUGUUUCCAAUCUCUUGAUAGGAGUAGUAAUUGUAAUAAGGAAGAACCUCUGUAUUCUUUCUUUAUUUUUUUUGGCUGCACUGUGAGGCAUGUGGGAUCUUAGUUCCCCCAACCAGGGGUCGAACCUGUGCCCCUUGCAGUGGAAGUGCAGAGUCCUAACCACUGGAGUGCCAGGGAAGUCCCAGAACCUUUGUAUUGUAUUGCAAGUUAAUCACUAAAGGGAUGUUGCCUAUAAGCUUGAAUUACACAUAAUGGGGUUCUCUGGGAAACCCUGCCUCCCAGGUAAUGAGCAUUAAGCUAAAAUAUCUUGUUUAGCCCAUAGGAAACAUCCUGACCAAACCCACCUGUGAAUGACUGCAGGAAGGAAGAAAUUAACACAUCCCCUCUGAAAUGUUUGACUUUUUUCCCUCCCUUUCAGUAUAAAAAAAUCUUGGAAUUGUAACUCAGGAAAGAUGAUUCUUUGGGACGUGAAUCAUCAUCGUCUCCGUCUGCUGGCUUUCUGAAUAAAGUCACUGUUCCUUGCCCCAACAACUCGUCUCUCGAUUUACUGGCCUGUCAUAGGGCGAGCACUAUGAGAUGGGACUCAGUCACAUAAUGAUAAUAAAAAAACUAACAUUUGUUUAGCACUGGCACUGCUCUAAAUGUGUUACAUGUUUUCAUUCAUUUAAUUUUCACAACAGCCUUGUGGAGUCAUCAUUGUUAUUUGCCUCAUUUGACUGUUGAGGAGGCUCAGGCCCAAAGAGGACAGGGAACAUGUCUGAGGUCACACAGGUAGGGGGUGGCAGAGUUGGAAGCUGAACCCAGACAGCCUGGCUCCAGAUGGGUGCCCUUCACUGUAGGGCUGUACUGCCUCUUCCUACAAACCCUGUCGUUUCACACACAUACGAGGAUGUCUGAAGACAGAUACCAGAAAUGAGGUUACUGGGUUAAGGGUAUGUGCACCUUCAGUGUUAAAGAUAUUGUUAAUUUCUCUCCAACCAGCACUGUGUGAAAAUUCUUACUUGGGCCCUCUUAGUGUCAGGCUUCCUUGGUGAUGUGUGGUGUAUACUGAAUUAAAAAGGAAAAGGAAGGCAAGAAAUAACCAUGUGCCUGUCGCUGAAGAUAUCUCAUGUGAACUCUUAACAGCUAAGGGUGAAGCAGGUUUUGUUUACCCCAUUGCACAGGUGAGCAAACAGGCUUUGUGUAGCACUCCCACAGCCAAUAAUUGGCAGAAGCAAGCUUUGAAUCCAGAAUUAUCUAAUAUCAAACUGCUGUUCUUUCCUCCCCAGCAGUGCUGAGUUCCUUGGAGAAUAUUAUUUUGUGGACAAGAAUCGUGCUCCUUCGACUUGGGGUGUGUGCCACGGGCAAACAGCCAUGAGAACCCACAGGACGGAUGCGUUGCCACUUCCCGGAGCAAUCCAUUUUACUUGAGGAAUCAGAAGUGAAGAAUCUGCCCCACCUUCUCAGCACUCCUCCCUUCUCCAAAUUGAAACCCUCAAGGGAGAGGAAAGGAUGCCUGCUGCACGCAGGAAAUCCAAGUCCAAGGCACCAGUCACAUUUGGGGAUUUGGCCAUCUACUUCUCCCAGGAGGAGUGGGAAUGGCUGAGCCCCAUUCAGAAGGAUCUGUAUGAAGAUGUCAUGUUGGAAAACUACCAGAACUUGGUUUCUCUCGGACUUUCCUUUCGGAGGCCAAAUGUGAUCACCUUAUUGGAAAAAGGGAAAGCACCCUGGAUGGUGGAGCCAGUGAAAAGACGCCGGGGCUUGGACUUAGGGUCUAAAUGUGAGACCAAGAAGUUAUCUCCAUAUCAGUGCAACAAAUCUGGGCAAAGCAUCUAUCAGAAAGCAGUUUCUGCACCACAAAAAGUUCCCACAGGAAAGAGAGACUGCAAGAAAAAUUCAGUCCUAAUAAAACCCAAGAAAGUGCAUUCAAAGAAGAAAUCUCUAAAAUGUAAUGACUGUGGGAAGUUCUUUAGUCAAAGCUUAUCUCUUAAACUUCAUCAGAACUCUCAUACUGGAGAGAAGCCUUAUGAAUGCAGUAAUUGUAGAAAAGCUUUCAGACAGAUCUCAUCCCUUAUUCUUCAUCAGAAAAUUCACAAUGGAAGGAAAAGCUAUGAAUGUGAUAAAUGUGGGGAAAGCUUCAUUCAAAGAACAACCCUUAUUUUACAUGGGAGAAGUCAUGAUGAAAAGGAAAUCUUUGACUGUGGGAACGCCUUGAGUCAAUGCCAGUCUCUCAGUAUACAUCAGAAAAUCCACCUUGUCCAAAAUGUCUACCAGUGCAGAAAAUGUGAGAAAGCCUUCAUUCGAAUGUCAUCUUUUUUACUUCAUAAGAAAAUUCACAAUGGAAGGAAAAUACAUAAAUGCAAUAAAUGUGGGAGAGGCUUCAGUAAGAAAUCAGUCCUUGUUAUACAUAAAAGAAUUCAUACUGGAGAGAAAACUCAUGAAAAUGAGAAGACCAUAAGUCAGAGUUUACAGCAGAGAAGUCACCAUAUAGAGAAUCCUUAUAAAUGCAGAAAAUGUGGGAAAUCCUUUAAUAGGAUUUCAUCCAUUAUGCUUCAUCAGAGAAUUCAUGCUUCAAAGAAACCCUACAAGUGUGAUAAAUGUGAGAAGAUCUUCAUGCGGCUUUCAACCCUUACUCUACAUCUAAGAAUUCAUAAUAGAGAGAAACUAUACAGAUGUAAUAAAUGUGAGAAGGUCUGCAACCGGCAUUCAUCCCUUAUUCAACAUCAGAAAGUUCAUACAAAGAAAAAGAAACUGUUUGAAUGUAAGGAAUGUGGGAAGAUGUUUUCUGGAAUUGCCAACCUUAAAAUACAUCAAAACAUUCAUUCUGAAGAGAAACCUUUCAAAUGCAAUAAAUGUAGUAAAGUUUUUGGCCGCCAAUCAUUUCUUAUUGAACAUCAGAGAAUCCAUACUGGAGAAAAACCCUAUCAGUGUGAAGAAUGUGGGAAAGCCUUCAGUCACCGAAUAUCUCUUACUCGACAUAAGAGAAUUCAUACUGAAGAUAGACCCUAUGAAUGUGAUCAGUGUGGGAAGGCCUUCAGUCAGAGUGCACACCUCGCCCAACAUGAAAGAAUUCACACUGGAGAGAAACCAUAUACAUGCAAAACGUGUGGGAAGGCCUUUAGCCAACGCACAUCCCUUAUUUUACAUGAAAGAAGUCAUACUGGAGAGAAACCCUAUGAAUGUAACGAAUGUGGGAAGGCAUUUAGCAGUGGCUCAGAUCUUAUUCGGCAUCAGAGAAGUCAUUCUUCAGAGAAACCCUAUGAGUGUAGUAAAUGUGGAAAGGCGUAUAGUCGGAGCUCAUCCUUGAUUCGACAUCAGAAUACACAUUCUGAGGAAAAGGCUUAAGAUUGUUUUAAAUAUGUAAAAGCUAAGAGGGAGGCUAGCAAAGUAGUAGAGACAGGCAUGGGAAAAUGCAUUUGUCUAUAACAUAAAUUGUGUAAAAAUGGGACAGUUUGAUGAUGUGUCCCACUUUGAAAGCCAAAGAGCAAAAGUCAUUGGUGAUUUUGACCUGAGGAUUUGAAAUCAACUAAGGCAGUGACUUUAUCAUAGGUGUUUGUUUCAAAAUAGCAAGCUCAGAUGAUUGGAUCACUCAUUUUUAAUGAAGAGCAUUCUUCAUUUGAUAAAAAUAACUGGUACUUUAUUUCUAGUGUAACUUUAUAGUUAUUUCAUUGGUUAUAUACAACAAAGUGAAUUGUAAAUCCAUUUUUCUGGAUGGAGCUGUGAGCCUGAUUUAAGGUCACAUGAAGAAAGAGUUUGAGUUUGUCCCUUAGAACUAGAAGUAUUACACAGAAGGGAUUUCCUCACAAACCAGGGUGCCAUUUUCAGUUGACAGAAACUUCUGGUUGAGAAUAAAGAAGAUUGAGUAAAGAUAGCACUCAUAAUUGUGUGGAGCAAUAGAGUCAUUACCAUACUGUCUCUAUGGAUAUGAAGACGUAUGAUCUUAAUGGUGUGAAAAAUCUAACAAGCCUGGGACAAGCUAAUGAGG